UGGGGACUGUGGAAGAAGGUGAGGAUCAGAGAAGACAGGAUCAAACAUCCUUUUUUACACAAUGCAGAGGAUUAACCCCUUAGCAGGGGUGGACUGACAACUCAUGGGGCCCCCGGGCAAUAGGGGAUUAUUGGAGCCCCUGUGUCCUUGCCCAAGCUCAAAAAAGCCUAUGAAAAAGGUACCAGGGGCAUCUCAUGGGGCCCCCUACUUACCCCGGGCCCUCGGGGCAGUGCCCGAGUUUCUAAAUGUUCAGUCCACCCCUGGCAGU